AUGCCUCACCGGGGCCUAGUGGCUGGACCAGACUUUGAAGUUUUUCAGCGUCGCUAUUUCACGCCGGCAGAGGUGGCCCAACACAACCGACCCGAGGACCUCUGGGUGUCUUACCUGGGCUACGUGUAUGAUUUGACGCCCUUGGCACAAGAGUACAAAGGGGACCUGCUGCUAAAACCCAUCUUGGAAGUUGCAGGCCAGGACAUCAGCCACUGGUUUGACCCAAAGACUAGAGACAUCCUCAAGCACAUAGAUCCUCUGACCGGAGCUCUGAGGUACUGCACCCCGCGGGGCCGCUUCCUGCACGUCCCUCCUCAGCUACCCCGGUCAGACUGGGCCAAUGAUUUUGAGAAGCCUUGGUGGCAGGGAUCUCGUUAUGAGGUAGGACGACUGUCUGCGAAGACUAGGCACAUCCGCAUCAUUAACACGCUCACUUCGCAGGAGCACACACUGGAGGUGGGAUCCUUGGAAUCAAUGUGGGAAAUCCUACACCGCUAUCUACCCUAUAAUGCACAUGCUGCCAGCUACACAUGGAGAUAUGAAGGGAAGAACCUGAAAAUGGACAGUACUCUGGAAGAGAAUGGGAUCUGUGAUGAAGAUGAAGAAUUUGACUGGCUCAAUAUGGACAGUGCACGCUACACACCUGCAUUACUGCUCUAUUUCAACGAUGACCUCACGGAGCUAUAA